AUGUUAAAUCUAAGUUUAUGAAAGAACUACAUUUUAAAGAUAAACAAGGUAUUGAAGUAAUUGGGGAAAAUGUUUUACGUGACGAGUUUUGUAUUGGUCAUUCUGUGUCCAGCUUUAUCAUUCGCAGCUUUUGGUGACCCUUGCGAAAUAGUGACAUGGAGCAACUUAUCUGCCAACCAUGACCAGAUUAUCAAUGCCACAGUUCCAAAAGAUUGUCUCUUUGGUGACGUAGACUGGAAUUACCCAAAGGGCUCUGUUCUUUUAUCUUACGCCACUGGGGGCACACCAUUCAGACUGUGUGUUGAAGAAGGGUGGGGACCAAGUAUCACAAAAGUUCAGGAAAUAGUGAGGGGUGAACUUAGGACUCUGUCAUUGCCAACUCAAGAAUCACCUACCUGCACCAGUUCUACGGAUGGAGAGGCAGCGCUGUUAGUGUCUGCCCCAUCAUUUCAGACGUAUAUGACCUUGUUCAAUUACCGCGUCAUUUUAGAGAACUAGUAUGAACAAACGGUGUUGCUCUUAAGACCAAAGCUGGCAAAAAUAUUCACAGAAUUACUAUUGAGACAGCAAUCAAUCUUUUUAUUGACAUUUCCUGUGCAAUCCUUCACUACGAGUGUAAAUAAAAGUUAUUCAAAGCUA